UGUGUAUGAGUUGUAUCAAAAUGUAGCAAAGCAUUUGUAUGAAAAAUUUACGCACACCAUCAACACUGGCAACGCUUGCUCAGGUACAUACAUACAUUUUCCGAUAUAUCAUUUUUCAGUAAUUUCUGUUAGAAAAUUUGGUGUUUGAUUAAGAUAUUAGUAAAUAAUUUAAUAAGAGAAAUAAAAAGGAACAAGUCAAUAAAAUGCCACGUGAAUAUGAUAGAGACUAUAGUGAAGAUACUAGCGAUUACAAAAGAAAACGUCGUGCCGAUGAUGAUGUUAGUGGCGGGGGUGGCGAUGGUGACGUUGAUGGCAACCAGGAACACCAAUCUAACCACACCCAAGGAUUACACGAUGCACCACAAUUAAAUGAAAAAACAAGUGCCUAUUUGGAUGAAUGCUUACAAGAGAAAAAAUCCUUGGAAAAAUAUCCAGUAUGCAAGCGGCUUAUGGAUGAUGAAGUGGAAAAAAUACUUGUUAGUGGACGUAUACCAAAGCCUGAAAUCUAUGCGAACGUAUAUAAUGAAAAACCUAUUAGAGUUGCACAGAAAGUAUUAUUUCCUAUUAAAGAAUAUCCAAAAUUUAACUUUGUUGGAAAAAUACUCGGCCCAAAGGGUAACACACUUCGGCAACUCCAAGAAGAAACAUUUUGUAAAAUGGUUGUUAUGGGUCGUAAUUCUAUGAGGGAUCACGCUAAAGAAGAAGAACUUCGCAGUUCAGGAAAUCCAAAAUAUGCACAUUUAAGUCGGGACUUACAUGUUGAGAUUUCAACUGUAGCACCUCCUUCUGAAGCAUAUCACCGGAUAGCAUAUGCUUUAGCAGAAAUACGUAAAUUUAUGAUUCCCGAUGCUAACGACGAUAUUCGCAUGGAACAGAUGCGCGAAAUGGAUGCAAAGGAACGCAUGUACAAAAAAUCUCAUUACGCCAAAACAUAUGGCGAGCACGGUUCCUAUAGUAACCGAACACCACCACCAUCAAUAUAUGAUAAAGGUGCUAAACCGAAAGUUUAUUCAAUUUUGGAAAAAGCACGUUAUGUUAUGGAAGAUCCUGCUUAUGGAAUGGUAAAAUCACACAGAUCUCGCGAGCAUGACCAUUUAUAUGAGCAUCCCAGCGAAUACGAUAGGUAUGGAACACCACCACCACCACCAUCUUCUAAACAUGCAAGUGGUCAUCAUGCACCAUAUGACAGUGGUUCAUAUGAACGUGAAUAUAGACGUGAAUAUCAUGCGCAUUCAUCAUCAUAUGCUGCAGCAGCUUAUGCAGGUAAUUUAUUACAUAUUUAAAUGAUUCAAAUAAAACUACAUAUAUACCAAAAUGGAAUUGCAUGUAGUUGCUGUAUAUAAUAUAAAAUUUUGAUAUCUGUGAUAUUUU